AUGAUGGACAACGACAACGCUACAGAGGCUCCGUCUGGUGAUCCUAAAUAUGCCACCUUUGAGAUCCCUGAUAUAGUUGUUGUUGUGGUUUAUUUAGUUUUCUUCAUUGGAGUUGGAAUAUGGUCCUCUGUCCGUGCAAGUCGGGGAACAGUAGGAGGAUAUUUCCUAGCUGGAAGAACAAUGACCUGGUGGCCUAUUGGUGCUUCGUUAAUGUCCACCAAUGUUAGCAGCAGUCUCUUCGUUGGCAUGGCAGGAUCAAGUGCUGCAGGAGGUUUGGCUGUUGGAGGCUUUGAAUGGAAUGCAUCUUGGGUGCUGGUGGCUCUUGGAUGGAUCUUCGUACCUGUAUAUAUUGCCUCUGGAGUAGUCACUAUGCCACAGUACUUGGAAAAGCGUUUUGGUGGUAAACGGAUUCGUAUCUACAUUUCUGUUCUAUCACUCCUCCUCUACAUCUUCACUAAAAUAUCGACAGACAUUUACUGUGGAGCUCUCUUCAUCCAGGUGUCUCUGGGUUGGAACAUCUACCUGUCCACCGUUAUAUUACUAAUAGUCACAGCAGUUUGCACUGUCGCUGGUGGACUAACUUCAAUUAUCUACAUUCACACCAUGCAAACCGUUAUCAUGGUGGUGGGGGCCUUCGCCCUCAUGUUUAUAUCUUUUAACGAAGUUGGCUGGUACUCUGGACUGCAAGAGAAAUACAUGGAAGCCAUCCCAAAAAUAAUUAUACCUAACACAACAUGUCAUCUGCCCCGUAACGAUUCUUUCCACAUGCUUCGUGAUCCAAUCACUGGGGAUCUACCCUGGCCCGGUCUCAUAUUUGGUCUGACGAUAUUGGCCACUUGGGUUUGGUGUACUGACCAGGUAAUUGUGCAGAGGUCUCUGUCGGCCAAGAACUUAUCCCAUGCCAAAGGGGGCUCUAUUGUUGGGGGCUACUUGAAAAUCUUGCCGGUGUUCUUUGUGGUACUGCCUGGAAUGAUCAGCAGAGCAUUAUAUCCAGAUGAGGUCGGCUGUGUUCACCCUGACGAAUGCCGGAAAUACUGUGACAAUGAUGUGAGCUGCUCAAAUGUUGCAUAUCCCAAGCUGGUAAUUAGACUGAUGCCUGUUGGAUUAAAGGGUUUAAUGGUAGCAGUAAUUAUGGCAGCUCUAAUGAGUGCUCUCACAUCCAUCUUCAAUAGUGCCAGUACCAUAUUUACCCUCGAUAUCUGGAUACGUAUACGCAAGAAUGCAAAGGAACAAGAGCUUAUGAUUGUCAGCAGGGUCUUCAUUAUCAUACUGGCGCUUAUCAGCAUCUUGUGGAUCCCCAUAAUACAAGCAUCACAUAAUGGUUUGCUCUUUGACUAUGUACAGUCUAUCACCAGCUACCUCUCUCCGCCUGUCACUGCAAUAUUUAUUUUGGCAAUUUUUAUCAAGAGGGUCAAUGAACCUGGUGCUUUCUGGGGUUUGCUUAUUGGCCUGGUGGUGGGCAUGAUACGAAUGAUCAUGGAUUUUGUGUAUGUAGCUCCAAAUUGUGGAGAGGAGGACACAAGACCUUCAGUACUCAAGGAUGUCCACUACUUGUAUUUUGCAAUCAUUCUGUUCGGAUUGACGUCAAUUGUCUGUAUUGUGAUCAGUUUGUGCACAAAAGCCAUACCCGACAAUGAGCUUGGUCGUAUGACUUGGUGGACUCGAAAAAGAUCUGAUCAAAUGGUUUGCCCAAAAGAGGAAAUUAAUGGUUUACAGGAUAUUGGUGCAACAUCUUCAACUAUUCCACCUAUUAAGGAAGAGCCAGGAAUGGACCAGAGAGACCUGGUGGGGUGCGCUAGCCACGACCUGAAGCAGGAAGAGACGCAUGAGACGCUGGUGGUCAGACUUGCUGCUGAAAGAGACUUGAUGCUACAAGUUGAAACUCUCCAAGACGAUUGUUCUGUACAUGAGCAGAAAACAAGCAAUGACGCACCAAGAAUCUUUACCAAGAUCAUGGCUGAGGUGGUAGCAGUACUAAGACAAGAAUCAAUCAGUGUCAUCCCGUAUCUGGACGAUCUUUUAGUGAUCAAACCUUUCCCCAAGCAGCCGGAAAACGUUUCUAGGGAUAUCUUUGGAUUCCAUUUCUCAGAGAUCAUUCCUUCCAUCUCUCAAAAUACGAAAAUUGCAAAACUAGAUAAGAGAUUUCCAAAAGAAGAGAUUCUGCUCUAUCAGGACAGCAAUAAAAAGUCUAGGAGGUUUCUCAUCAUGUAUCUCGGUGGUUACUUGGGCUCAAUUUCAUUUAAAACCCCUUCAGAAACUUAUUCUAUCCAGGUGGAACAGGUCACAAGUGACCCUAGACAGAUUGUUCUAGACGGAAAUGUAAAAAACUGCAACAGCAACCUAAAGAAGGGAGUAUAUUGGAACCAGGAAUGA